UCGCGCGGGUUUCCUCGGUCCGGUUCGGGAAGUUACAAGCUUUUGUACUCCACGGAGGCCGGGCCCAGCGGUCUGGUACCAGUCCUGUCGGCAAGAUGGUGAAGCCCAAGUACAAAGGACGGAGCACCAUCAACCCCUCUAAUGCCAGCACAAAUCCCGAUCGAGUGCAGGGAGCAGGAGGCCACAACAUGAGGGACCGGGCCACAAUUCGACGCCUGAAUAUGUACAGACAGAAAGAGCGCAGGAACAGCCGUGGUAAAGUGAUUAAGCCUCUGCAGUAUCAGUCAACGGUGGCUUCUGGCACAGUGGCAAGAGUGGAGCCGAACAUUAAGUGGUUUGGAAAUACACGUGUGAUUAAGCAGUCAUCAUUACAAAAAUUUCAAGAGGAAAUGGACACAGUCUUGAAGGAUCCAUACAAAGUUGUCAUGAAGCAAAGCAAGUUACCCAUGUCUCUUCUCCAUGAUCGAAUCCGGCCUCAUAAUGCAAAGGUGCACAUCCUUGAUACUGAAAGCUUCGAAACAACAUUUGGCCCCAAAGCGCAGAGGAAGCGGCCAAAUUUAUUUGCAAGUGAUAUGCAGUCACUUAUAGAAAAUGCAGAAACAUCCACUGAGAGCUAUGACCAGGGCAAGGAUCGUGACUUGGUAGCUGAAGACACUGGUGUGAGAAAUGAAGCCCAAGAAGAGAUAUUUAAAAAAGGACAGUCUAAAAGAAUAUGGGGUGAGCUGUACAAGGUGAUAGAUUCAUCAGAUGUUGUGGUUCAAGUUCUUGAUGCUAGAGAUCCAGUGGGUACACGUUCCCCUCACAUUGAGACUUACUUGAAAAAAGAGAAACCCUGGAAACAUCUCAUUUUUGUUCUUAACAAAUGUGACCUUGUUCCAACCUGGGCAACGAAACGAUGGGUUGCCGUCCUCUCCCAGGAUUACCCGACACUUGCUUUCCACGCGAGUCUUACUAACCCCUUUGGCAAAGGAGCGUUUAUUCAGCUUCUGCGGCAGUUUGGAAAGAAGGGACCCCGCUGGACUCCAGCCUCUGAUCCCUGGUCAGACACUAGUUCUCGGGGGGACUCUGAAAGCAGACCUUCUCGAAAUUUCCUGUUCUGCACCCGCGACUCUGUAUUCUUGCACACUGACAAGAAACAGAUCAGCGUGGGGUUCAUUGGCUAUCCGAAUGUUGGCAAGAGCUCUGUGAUAAACACACUGCGCUCCAAGAAGGUUUGCAACGUGGCCCCCAUCGCAGGUGAAACAAAGGUCUGGCAGUACAUUACCUUGAUGCGUCGGAUCUUCCUCAUCGACUGUCCGGGUGUGGUUUACCCCUCCGAGGACUCGGAGACGGACAUUGUGCUGAAAGGAGUCGUUCAAGUUGAAAAAAUUAAGACUCCUGAAGACCACGUUGGUGCUGUACUUGAACGAGCAAAACCAGAAUAUAUCAGCAAGACGUACAAGAUUGAUUCUUGGGAUAAUGCUGAGGACUUUCUGGAGAAGCUAGCUUUCCGGACAGGGAAGUUAUUAAAGGGUGGAGAGCCCGACCUGCGGACUGUGGGGAAGAUGGUCCUCAAUGACUGGCAGAGGGGCCGGAUUCCUUUCUUUGUCAAGCCACCCAGUGCAGAACCCCCAGCAGCCCCUGAGCUUCCGUCGUCCUCAUCUUUGGAAGUUGCUGCAGAAACAACCCAGAACAACCCAGGAGAGAAAGUUGCAGAAACAGUAGGUGAGGAGUCGGAAUCCAUCCUCGAGAAGGAAAAAGAAGAGCCCCAGCAUUGUGGCAUCGAUUCAGAAAUGCAGCAGAUUCUGGCGCGGGUCCGGCAGAACUUUGGCAAGAUCAACGUUGCGCCUCAGUUUUCUGGGGAUGACCUGGUUCCUCUGGAGAUGUCCGAUAUCGAUGACGAGCUGGAGAGCCUUUCUGCAGAGAGGGAGGAGGAGGAGGAACAGGAGCACCUAGGAGACGAUGAGGAUGAGUCUUACACAGAGUCCCAGGAGGAACAUGCGGGACACACCACUAAGGCCGUUAUUCAAGCCCUGGAUGAAAAGAUCGCCAAGUACCAGAGGUUUUUAAACAAAGCCAAAGCUAAGAAGUUUUCAGCAAUCAGGAUAUCCAAGGGACUGAGUGAAAUGGUUUUUGCAAAAUCCGAAGGACAAAAAAAAAGAAAAGCUGAAGAAGAUGUAGAUGAUACAGCACCUCCCAAAAAGGGAAAGAAGAGGAAGGCACAGAGGGAAGAGGAGCAGCUAGACAAAACUCGCAGGACGCUUACAUCUAAGGAGAGGAGGCGAGAAGCACGGCAGCAGCGAUCUAGAAAAGUUGGCGUACGCUACUAUGAAACACACAACGUGAAAAAUAGGAACAGGAACAAAAAGAAGACCACCGACUCAGAAGGGCAGAAACACAGACACAAGAAGGCCAAACAUAAGCAGUAGCGUGUUAAAAGCUGUCUAUUAAAUUACACAAAAAUAUGCAACUAGAAACUGUUCAUUUUCUUCAUGCCCAGUUGGCAUUUCAAAGGCCAUGAUGCAUCUGUUCUGAGAUUGGACAGUUGAAACCACCCACCAGUAUUAGUGAAAGAGUGCUCCUCACCCCCAAGGAUUUCAGUGAUGCAGUCCACUCGAACUCCUG